AUGCAUGACACACGUACGCGUACACAGUGGCAUGAAUUUUACAGCCCACAGCAAGACCGCGGCCACUCGGAUCCAUACACACCAUUUCCAGCCGUCAAGUCUGGGAACGAUGAUGCUGAGGACUUGUCUCCCCGAGCGUCGAAACCCUUUAGUGACCUUUUCGCCAGCGAAACCGCGCUGGAGCCAGGGAAUGCGGCACCACCGCGAAACAAGUCAACCGUGCCGUCCAUUACUGAAGCUCAGGUAGUGUCCGUUUUGACGCUAUUUCCUCGCGGUAUAGCCUCUUUUGAAGUGCUGAAAGAUGCUGAUGUGGCGCAGAGCAAGCCUGGAUGGUUGAAACCGGUCGCUCAAAAGCAGCCAUUCUUUAAAAAGCACUACCGACGAUUGAAAGAUAUUCAUGACGAAGGUCCACCAGGUGAGGCUCAGCUGUUCCUGGCAGGCAUGAACAGCUACUGGAAAGAACGGAAAGCUACAGUCGAGUUUGAGAUGUACUCACGAAGACUGAAGGAUGAAGCGAAUCCUAAACCACUAUCAGAGUCUACUGGUCAACAGAGACAUGCAGGUCAAACACUACGGCAAUCACAUGGCAUGACUGACAGACACAAGCCGCGUACUCGCAAGGACUCUGCGGUAAGCUAUGGCAACAUCUCGUGCAGUUCACAAGAGGUGCCUGUCAAGCUUUGGCGCACAGUAUUAGAGAUGAACACAAAUAAGCCACUACCACCGAUGCCUCCGCUGCAAGCGACGCCAAGAGGUAGAGCAAUGUAUAUUAACAAGCUCCUUCCUCGCCUCCCGCGCGACUGCUCUUCUGGCCCAGAGAAGCAAGGAGGAGCCUACCCGUCUCUCCUCCCACCGACCGGUAAGUCCGCACCCAGCAAAGCAGAAAAAGCCCACGACGCGCUCAAAGCCAAGAUUUCCCGCCCCGUCCCAAUAACGCGUACCGUCAACAACCACCCACCCGAUCCCGCGCCAGCUUUGAGCGAGAAGGCAAAAGGUAAGCCCAAUACCCCUUCGUCACCGACCUGGCUCGAUAGACUCGCGCAUCCAACAUUACCCGCGAUACCGACGAUGCCAGCGAUGCCGACUUUCGGUAAGCCCAAGAAGCGGCCGGCUUCGGAUGAGAGCUUUACUUGUCAGGGGCUGCGGGAGGGCAAUGUGUUUGUGGAGAUGAUUAUGGGCGGUGGUGCGCUGAGCGCGGGCACUGCUCGGCCGGUGAAGAGCGUGGAUGAGACCUCCAUUGAUAUGCCUGAGAUAAACCUGGUGCCUGAGCCGCUGUUUACGGGGCGCGGGGGCGAUGGGAGUCCGUGGGGUGGUGGGGAUGCUGAGGCGGAGCUACGUAGUAGUGCUCGUUGGGUUUAG